AUGAAACGUGACACUAUUAUAACCUGCGUGGAGCCAAAUCACAGAGUAAGAACGAUGACCACGGUACUUGAUGGCAGCUACCAACAACUUGAUCCUUACUCUGCUGAAAAUGGAGAUGGCGAAGGUGAUGAUCCAGACGAAACUCCACAUGGAUCUGGUGUUAUCAUUCAUGUAGUUCCAGAAGGUGGAAAAUCACGAUGGAAUCAUAUAGAAGAUUUAGAUUCAUUUUUUACUAGAAUGUAUCAUUAUCACCAAAAACAUGGUUUUGUUUGUAUGGUGUUACAAGAAUUUUUAGAACUUAGUCAAUUUAUUUUCGUUGUUGGAUUUUCAACUUUCCUGUUCCAUUGUAUAGAUUAUUCAGUACUCUUUAAGGAUAAAGUAAUAGUUAAUCCUUCGCACAAGACAUCAAUAAGUGAUGCAAUAUUAUCAUCUAAAGAAAUUUUAGCGUCAAUGGGAUUGGUGACGUGGAUAUGUAUUUCAAUAGCUGUUAUUUUUUGGGUAUUACGUGCUGUUAAAGUUUUAUAUCAUAUAGCACAAUUUUGGGACAUUAAAAUGUUUUUCAACUUAGCAUUAAAAAUUGCUGAUAAUGAUCUCGAUAAUUUAACGUGGCAUGAAGUUCAAAAACGUAUUAGGGAGGUACAGAAAGAUCAAGAAAUGUGUAUCCAUAAACGAGAAUUGACUGAAUUAGAUAUUUAUCAUAGAAUAUUGAGAUUUAAAAAUUAUAUGGUAGCUAUGAUUAAUAAAUCACUUCUACCCGUUAGACUAAAAGCUCCAUUUAUUGGUGAAUUUAUUUUUAUGACACGAGGAUUAAAGUAUAACAUGGAGUUGUUAUUGUUCUGGGGACCAUGGUCACCAUUUGAGAACAAUUGGCAUCUCAAAGAAGAUUAUAAAAAAUUAAAUAAGAGACAAGAACUUGCAAGAAUGUUAUCUAAACAAAUUUUGUGGAUAAUUAAAAGAGAACCAGGAACAUUGGGAACACGAAUGUGGUCUCUGUAUGGUCGUCUUUAUUUACGACACUUCAAUGAACUAGACCACGAACUAAAUGCACGUUUAAAUCGUGCUUAUCGUCCAGCAUCAAAAUACAUGAGUAUAUUCACGUCACCUGUAAUGACAGUGAUUGCUAAAAAUGUUGCCUUUAUUUGUGGAAGUAUUCUCGCAGUUAUACUUAUUCUCACAGUAUAUGACGAAGAUGUUUUAACAGUCGAACACAUGCUAAUAACUAUGACAAUUCUCGGAGUAAUAGUCGCUGGGGCUCGUGCGUUCAUUCCAGAUGAAAAUCUCGUAUGGUGUCCAGAAACACUUCUUACGGCUAUUUUAGCGCACACGCAUUAUAGACCAGAUAGUUGGAAAGGUCACGCUCAUACACAAACAACGCGAGCACAAGUCGCCCAGCUAUUUCAAUACAGAGCAGUACAUGUAUUGGAAGAAUUAUUAUCACCACUUCUUACGCCAUUCAUCUUAUGUUUUUACAUGCGCCAACGAUCUCUUGAUAUUGUUGAUUUUUAUCGGAAUUUUACAAUCGAAGUAACUGGAGUUGGCGACGUAUGUAGUUUUGCUCAAAUGGAUGUCAGAAAACAUGGACAUCCUAUGUGGCAAACUCUCCCUGUUACUCCUGAGGAGGAUCAUACCGAUGGCUAUAAUAAUAUUUAUGGUGGAGAGCGCCAUACUCUUCAUAUUCCAAUUUCUAAUCAAUAUACUCAAGCUGAGGAUGGAAAAACAGAGUUAUCACUGAUACACUUUACAUUAACUAAUCCCGAAUGGAAACCACCGAGUCAUGCUGAAACAUUUGUCACAGCCUUACGGGAAAGAGCUAAAAAAGAUGUUGACAUUGUACCGGGUGAUAUUAAUCCACUGAUGGCUAGUCUGAAUAGUCUUUCCAGUCUUGGACCAGGAGUAAUAGUUAAUCACGUAAGCGUUCCAAGUAUGAGCAAUAUUUUUGGAAAUCAAUCAGCAGCGACAACAUCAGCCGAUGCCGAUAUGUCUGGCAAUCGUUCUGAUUGCAUGUCAAGUCUUGUAAAAAGAGGCAUGACUAAAGCUGAAGGUCCACUGCACAACGAACGAGGUCUUCUUUAUGGUUUGCAGCAAGGAAUAUCUAAUCAAUCUCUUGGCGCUUCUGUAUUCGGAUCCGGCCAAAAGUUAACACCUGAUUUUUCAGUUCCUAUCGAAUUUACUGCAGCUGAUAUGUCCUUAUCCACUUUGUACCUGCAUGAGCUUCAUCAUAAACAAAUAAGAAGAAGAGGUUACCAAGAAAUGGCUACAAGAAGUUUAUGGCAACGGAGCCCAGCUCAAGAACUGUCCACAUUAUCUGAAGUAAGACAAGAAAGAGCGCCAUUAUUGCAACAUCAAGAUUCUUCAAUACGACCGACACGAGACUCAUAG